AUGAGAUGCAUAAUUUGUCGAAUUUCAUCGUGGUUCUUCAGCAAGCAACGACCACAAGGCCAACAACCUUUCUUCGCGCAACCACUACCACCACAACAACAACCUCCUCCACCAACCCCCUUUGCCUCGCCUCAAUCGCCUGCAAUGGCCCCCCGCUUCAUCAAGAAGCUCAAGUCCAUGGCCAAGGGCCUGGCAAAGAAGAUCGCCAACGCGCUCAAGGCCGCCAAAGACCAGAACAAGACCUCUAACGAGGCAACCCGGCGCUCUCCCACGGCCUCGCCAGCCAUCCGCCCUCGCACCCGCUCGGAGGAGAAGGACGAGAAGGAGCGUGCCAGGCUCCCUCGCACCACUCCUGCGGUCAGACGCAUGACCCUCGAUGAUUGA